CAGCACUCUCCACCUUCUUCUCCUUCUAGCUAGCUAGCUCUCACUUUCUUUCUCACACAAUGGCUUUUACUUCAUGCUUGGCUAUUACUCUUCUGGUAUCUGUCCUCAACCUCUGCAUCAGAGGCACCUAUGCCGACUACGGCGCCGGUUGGGUUGGUGGCCAUGCCACUUUCUAUGGAGGUGGUGAUGCUUCUGGCACAAUGGGAGGUGCAUGUGGAUAUGGAAACUUGUACAGCCAAGGGUAUGGAACCAACACUGCAGCACUAAGCACAGCUCUGUUCAACGAUGGCUUGAGCUGCGGGUCUUGCUACGAAAUGCGAUGUGACAAUGACCCUAGAUGGUGCCUUCCCGGAAGCAUCAUCGUCACCGCCACCAACUUCUGCCCUCCCAACUUUGCUCAGGCCAAUGACAACGGUGGCUGGUGCAACCCUCCCCUCCAGCACUUCGAUUUGGCCGAGCCUGCCUUCUUGCAAAUUGCUCAGUACCGCGCUGGUAUCGUCCCCGUCUCAUUCAGAAGAGUUGCUUGUGUGAAAAAGGGAGGGAUCAGAUUCACAAUCAACGGGCACUCCUACUUCAACUUGGUUUUGAUCACAAACGUUGCAGGAGCAGGAGAUGUGCACUCGGUUUCGAUCAAAGGCUCCAAGGGUGGUUGGCAAUCCAUGUCAAGGAACUGGGGACAGAACUGGCAGAGCAACAACUACCUCAACGGACAAGCCCUGUCUUUUCAGGUCACAACCAGUGACGGCAGGACUGUGACCAGCAACAACGUUGCCCCUGGUAACUGGCAGUUUGGUCAAACGUUUUCAGGCGGUCAAUUCUAGACUUUUUUCACCGAGUUACUAUUUGCGGUGAAAAUGAUGAUUUGUAUAUGUAAUAUUCUGAUUGGGAGAGAGGAGGGGGAUCGAGAUUUGUGAGGGUAGAUUAGGGAGAGGCAACGUGCUGAGGUGGCUCAUUGGCACCCGCUAGCUAGGCCUAUAUAUAUAAAUAUAUAUAUCAUGAUAUAAAUAUAUAUUAUUUAUAGUGGAAAUUGUGAGUUUAUAGUUUUUCUAGAGACAACAAUUUUCCAUUUGAUGAUGCAUUUUGCUUGAAGCAAGGAAAUGCAAGUAGUAUGUUUGAAGGUUUGUAAAACCAGUUUGGGGCAGUUGCUUUGUUCUGUCACCUUAAUCAAAUACUUAGUUGAUUUCGCAGU